UGAAAAGCUAUACCUUCCCUCCAAAAGUGACGGAAAGGAAAGCCAACAGGGUCACCUUAGUUCAGGAGGGAGGUAAGGUGAGUGAGAGGAACAGCUUAGUCAACGUGGGGACGCUCCUCCCACCAUGCGCCAUCCCGAGCUCCAGACAAAGCCACUUUCUCUUUAAAUGCAAAUCACCUCCGCCCGCUCAGCCCCUCGGCCGCGUUCCCGGGAGGAGAGUGCGCGGGGCCGAAGGAGCUUGCAGCGGAGCCGCACUCCAGACCCCAGACCUCCAGGGUGGCCUCCUUCCCAGACCUAAGGCCCAGCCAGCACCCAAUGGAUGACAAAAAGAAGAAACGGAGCCCCAAGCCUUGCUUGACCCAGCCAGCCCAGGCCCCAGGCACACUAAGGAGAGUCCCUGUGCCCACCAGCCACAGUGGCUCCUUAGCCCUGGGACUCCCUCAUCUGCCGUCCCCCAAGCAGCGAGCCAAAUUCAAGAGAGUAGGCAAGGAAAAAUGCCGCCCGGUGCUGGCCGGAGGUGGGGGUGGCUCUGCAGGCACACCCCUGCAGCACUCCUUCCUGACUGAGGUGACUGAUGUCUAUGAGAUGGAGGGAGGACUGCUGAAUCUGCUCAAUGAUUUCCACUCAGGCCGGCUGCAGGCCUUCGGGAAGGAAUGCUCCUUUGAGCAGCUGGAGCAUGUGCGGGAGAUGCAGGAGAAGCUGGCCCGGCUGCACUUCAGCCUGGACGUGUGUGGGGAGGAGGAAGACGAGGAAGAGGAAGAGGAUGGGGUCGCUGAGGGGUUGCCUGAGGAGCAGAAGAAGACGAUGGCAGACCGCAACCUGGACCAGCUGCUUAGCAAUCUGGAAGAUCUCAGUAAUUCCAUACAGAAGCUGCACCUGGCCGAGAAUGCUGAGCCUCAGGAGCAGUCAGCUGCGUAGUUCUCGGACCCAGGCCCAGACUGGCUCUCUCAAUCCCUCCAACUGUGACUUUAUAUGAACUCGGGAGAGUAUUCCACAGCCCCCUAGGUGCUAUGGGGGUGGGGGGCACUGGAUGGAAUUAAACCAAAAAGAAAGCAAGC